UGCAAAACGCUCACUAAGAGUUGUUGCCAUAACGUUUUCUUCUCCUAGCGGCUAUAAUAUGCAACCCAAGUAGCCGCCCUUUUCAACUUCAUUAUUUCAUUCCUCAGUUGGCGGUCAAUGUGGCGGGUGUGCGAAUUCCUUUCCGAACGUUACUUCUUUCCCCAAACUUUUUCUAGUGUUGUUUCCCUGCCUAGCUGAAAUGCCAAAUGCAUCACAAGGAAAGGAGAGGCAGAAGCCUUGCACAUUUCCAUACAAAUUGUGGCAAUUGAUGGAUGAGUGUACUGAUGGUGCUAUCAGAUGGAGUGCUUCCGGUGAUAGCGUCAUUAUAGAUCAGAAAGCGUUUUGCUCUAGCAUUUUUGUAGGAAAGAUCUUCAAAUGUAUUCAGUGGCCGAGUUUUGUUCGCCAACUCAAUUUGUACGGGUUUCGCAAGAUUCCCCCACAUGGACACAACCAAGGACCAUGUAAAUGCCCAUGCCAUGUUACUACCUGCAUUUGCUAUAUGCAUGAGCAUUUUCGUCGAUGGACUUACGAUUCUCUGUCUCUGGUUACACGUCCGCGGAAGCAAAGCCAAGCUGGAUCUAGCUCUAUCUCCGAUAAGCAGAACAAAAAUGAUAUCAAUGGCAACAAAUCACAAUCAGUAUCAAAUCAAACUGAUUGUCUUGACUUGAGUGGCUCACAAGAACUGCUAAAUUGGAACGAAGCGACAGUCCCUAUUGGCAUGCUGAAGGAACCAAUAUCCAACUCAGAAUUGUCUGAGCCAACUGCCGACGAUCAAAGCAAUAGUGUUUCCGUAGUGGACACGAGUAUUAAGAAUGGGCAUUUGUUGAAAACCAUUCCUCUUGAACAUCGUCGCGUUUAUCGUCUUGAAUCGUCAUUAGAUUCAUAUUCUUGGACUGGAAUGACAACGAGCAAAAAUGACCAUGAUCGAAAUUUGACGCAACCUAUUUCUGCAGAAACGGAUGAUCAUUUGUCACUUUUUUAUGAAUUCAACGGUACUGAAAGGGUAAUCGUAUUGCCAGGAAUGAUCCCUGAUAUAUUGGCGGUGGAGAUUUUUCAAGACGAUGGAACGGAGUUAAUGGAUAUCGAUGUGGAAGCUGAUGACUGCGAUGGCCUUAGCAUUUGUAGCCACGACCAGUGACAUUUUAUUUUCCGGCCACAUUUUACUAUUGCGAGGAGUACUUCUUUCGUUUUUUUUAUUAAUAAUAUUUUUCAUUUAUUUAUUUUAUCGUAGCCUUCUGUGACAGAUGGUAUUUUAUAGUUAUACUCAAAGAACGCAUUUUUUUUUUAUGUUUCUACUGGAUUCAAAUGAAACUUUAUUUUAUCAUUUUAAUAGAUAUCAACUUUAUUGUAAUUUCUCUUAUGUGCUUGAGAGAAUUUUGCUAUUUUUCCAUUACCCUAAACAGAACUUAAAAACGAAAACAUUAAGGAAAAAUCUAUAAAUUUAUUUAUUAAGCGCAGUUUAGGAGUAUGGAGUAAAGCAACAAAACUUUUCUUCAACAAAGACAUGGCAUAACACAUGGUUACAUUAUUUGUGUAUAAAGCAGUGAGGAAAUUUGGCAACUGAUAAAAGAUUACUACAGUUUGAUUGUAUCCAACGUACGUUGUAGCUAUUCUAAAUCAAAUUCAUGCUCAUGAACAGGAACAAGGCUAGUGGCACAACUUGCAAAGAGAAAAAAAAGCAUUGACGAUAUGAAAACUUAAAGGACGAUUUGGAAUGUUUCAAGGCUUAGUGUUCAACCAUUCGGUUGUGAGAAACCGAUGCAUUUACGUGCUUAACUUAAAAGCUUCUUCAAAGCUGUGCUAGAGCAGCAAUCUUUUGGUAACCGGCAAAGUGCAUCUGAAACUUGGGUAAGCUGAGGAUUGCGGGAUAUCAAAAACUGACAAACAUCUGCACGAUCUGCCAGCGCUGCUCUAUGAAGUGGAGUACAUCCAUCAAUAUCUCGUAGUCCGGAGUCGGCUCCUCGAUCUAGCAAAAGUUUUACUACUGCUAAAUGUCCUUGCUGGCUAGCACGAUGAAGGGGAGAACUCUGAUUGCUCCGUGUAGGAAGAUUUACGUCCGCACCAUGUGUUACUAAAUAUUUGACCACUUUUAAAUGGCCUGCUCGUGAAGCAUAAUGAAGUGAACUAUAUCCAGAUGUAUCAAGUGUGUCAGCUUUGAUGUUUUGCAAUAAUUUACUAAGACGAUCUAAGUCCCCAUUGAGUGCUAAAACAAAAGGAAUCUGUUUUCAUGUGGCAAAGGGAAAUCAAUCAACCAAAAGAUAGGAAUUAUUUUGGUUACCAGCAGCCCAAGGCCCUCUUUCAAAAUCCAUUUCUUCUAAUGUCUGACCAACAGAUGUGGAAUGCUGGCAGUUAUGGUGUGUGCAUUUCUCCAUGUCAAAAUUUGUUAAUCAAGUUCUGCAGCAGAAUCACUCCUAUAAAGUAUUUGAAUUGUAGUUAGACACCGGAUGAUCACUGUAUAAAGUUUAG